AUGAACGGCGAUGCUGGUCUCGUCGGCUGUCUGGUCGAUAGGCUUGCCACCAGACUACCUCACCGGACGGGAACUCAUGGACAGGAGCUCCAACAGGACGACGUUGUCCUCAUCACGAGAUCAACGCUAGUCAAAAUCAGCACCUCAGCCGUCGCCUUUGUUCUCGAUUCCCUCGUUGCACUUCUCGAAGACAUAAUACGAAACUACAAAGGCCUUCCUCCGCCCGCCCAUCCUCCCCACGUUCUCCUUUCCGAAGUCUACGUCCUUGCCCUCGCUGCCGACUGCUGCACCGCCCAUUGGAACCAAGUCAAGGCACAAGGCAUCCGCCAACCUUCUGCCGAAGCAGACACUCGUCGUGUUACCUCAGCAAACCUCGCAAAUGUUCCCGAGCCGUUGGACGAAGCUCUUGUCAAUCGCGUCUUUGACUUAGUCAAGUGGCUUGUUGAGCCCAUUCCCGAGGGCUAUGUCUUACCCUCGUCUACCAUUCUAGACGAUACCUCGAGACACGCCGACUCCAUAGCCCGCUCCUCGGGCGGGCUUGCCUCGCCGCUCCCCGGUGAUACUGACGCUCCCGAGGACGACGGAACCCUGCCCACCACCCAAUUAGCCGUUUUGGAACCUUGCAUUAGGAUCAUCGUGGAAUACGUCACGGCCUCUACAUGGUCUUGCUCUUUUGACUAUUUCAGGAACGUCGUAUAUACCGUUCGCACUGCAGCUGUAGUGCAGGCUGCUCCUGGUCAGUCGGCCGCUACCCCCGACGACGACAAGGCUUCCCUGGCGGUGCUUAAGAUUCUGUCCUUCUUCUGGGUCGACGCCCAAAAGCUAGGUUUAAUAAUCCAGGAGAUAUGCUCCAGCUUCCUACAUUUCCGCAAAUCCUUUCAAAAUACUGUUGCCGUCGUCGCCCCCUUGUUAGUUACCAGGUGGCUCGAUCGAUAUCCACAUGAAUUCGUGCAGCAGCACACUUUACACAGGCGUCUCGACGGCGGCGCCGAUACUCUGUUUGACAUGACGCAGACGGUCGUUGACAAUGGCCGCAAGAAAGGAGUUCUAUACCCUUUGCAGACCACGUUAUUAUUCCUACUACCCGAUGUUUUCGAGGUGGCUAGCAAUCUCCGAGAGGCUAAGAGUAGCAGUAUGGCCAAGAAGGUCGGCUUUCUAGACAACUUAAGAAAGGCUCUGAGGAACAAGAACGAACAGGCCGCUUACUCGUUGGUGUCCCUCUUGAGAGCAUCUCGCCACUUCGUUGCCGAAGACGAUGCCGCAUUGGUGAGCUACGCCAUGGAUGUACAAGACGAGGUCCGCGAGGCUGUCUUUCGGCGCGGCAACGAGUCCUCCUUAUUUGAUCAAGACUUGAUGACAGCUGCGUUUGUCAGCCUCGCUGAACUGAGUCUAGAAAGCUGUGUCGAUUCACUAAGAGAGUCAUAUCUUGGCCUCUCUUCCCCGCAGGCUUUCAAGACUGCCGUCGUCCAAGGUUGCCGUUACUUUGCCCGUCAAAACGACUCGCAUGUUUAUGAGCAGCUUUUUGCUGUCGCGGGUCCCUUCAUGCGGACGCAGCUCAAGGCUGUUGCGGACUUGCCAGCAGAAGCUACCGCCGUAGCUCUGGCACUACCACGUCGCGACUCGAACUUACACUCGUUCACAAAUAUGGCAUGCGAUGUUCUUAAGUUUCUGGAUGCUUCACCACGCUCUCUCUUCGACGGCGACAGCCAAAGCGAUACGGUUACCGGCGCUGCUGACGAGGAUGUGUUUUUGUCCUUUCUCUCAUGCGUCGUGUCCGCCAACCCGACCAUCAGGAGACUCGCCACAGGUGUUGCGAAGCGUCUCUUUUCCGACAGCUCCAUCAUCGACACACUCCGUGCCCGUGGCAGACUGAGUUCUGUUGCACUGAGAAGGGAAUUUUGGAGACGCAGCUCGAGCAGCUCUCUGGUAUUACUCAACAUGUGCAACGAUGUCACAUCUGAUGGCAACGGUUCAGAGGUGAAGGCUAUUCAUGAAUAUCUUGAAGCCCGGAAGUUCUUGCUGGCGUCGCUGCGGGAGCUCUCCGAUAUGCCCGAAGGCGUACCCGAAAUAGAGGCAGCGUCCUCCAGACUUGAAACGACGCUCCUAGUCUCCUUAUGUUCAGCUGAUGUCGAAACCUGUCAGACGGUGACCUCGUGCAUAGGCCUCUUUUUCGAAGAGAACAACCUUGUGGACAUGACCUCUGACACAGCCAAAGUAUUUGCCUCACUGCUACGCAACGGCGAGGUGUACGGCGAGAUCGCAUCUCGAGCGUUCCGAUUCACAGGGCUCGUGGCUUUUCAAAAGAGGAUUCGCGGCUUGCUCCGCCGGUUGCAAUAUCCUACAAGCGGCAUCCUUUCGGCCUGGGAGUAUGGCUUCGAGCGAUGGCUUCUUCUUUCGAGAGAGGUCUCAAUGGCACCUGUUGAUGCUGUCGAUGAAAGAGCGCUGACCGAAUGGCGAAACUACUCGGGUUUUCUCGCAUCUCUCGGUGGGAUAUGCACGGCGAACCAGACAAUCAUCCUUGAGGAGCCAACACUGAACGGCCUGAGAUGGAUUGAUAAGCUCUCCUCUGAGAACCAUGAAGAACCCUUAUUGAGCAGGUAUCUGAAGUUGAGCAUCCAGCUUCUUGGAUGUGCAAGCAUCAGGAUCAGAGAAGCAACCAGGGAGGUUUUAUCAAGCGAGGUGUCAUCCACACUUUACCAAGCUCUCUUCAAAUCUCUCGAGUCUGAGCUUGAGGUCUUGUUCACCGGUGCACUAGCGCCGAGUGACAAGGCACAGGACGUCGAAAUUAUAUUUGCCGAGCAAGCCAUUUCUCUUCUGAAAGCGCUCGUGGAACGGCUCGAGAGCCCUUCAGACCUUGGUGCCGCUUCAGCCAUACAUCUUGGUGCUCUCGCACUCAAUUUCGCGAAAUUCCUCGAUGGCAUCGCUGAUAGCACCAAUACCCUCCGAGUCAAGAUCAAGGUCUGUCAGCUGUGCGAGGCAGUAACGAAGAGGAAAGAACACUUAAACCUCAGAGAUGACGUGCGGAUCCGAAAUCAGCUCCUGGAGUAUAUCUUUGGCUGGAUUGCUCGGCCUCGGUCUCCGCGUCUUGACCCAGGUACCAACUCAAGUGGCCGUUUGGACGAAGUCGUGAGAGUGCAGAAGGACCUGGACAAGGCUUGCUUGAAGUCACUGGCCGAACUCACUUUCCGUCUCCCCUUGCAACCUGGCGAGGGCCAGACCGACGCUGGUACGAGCGAGCUCAAGUCACAGAUGUUUCAUACCUAUUUCAACAGAUUCCUUUCGCUACUCAACCACGAGUCUCUUGAAGGCGGGAGGAACGAUUUGCUGGCAGGAAUUUCCAGUCGCGAUGAGGGUGGAUCUUCGUCAGAAUUUGCUAUCACCAUUCUCUCAAAUCUCUUGAGUGCUAAUAUUGACGUCGGCCUGAAGCACUCUCUUAACAUUGGAUACCAUGACAAUGUCGAGAUCAGGACAGCCUUCGUCAAAGUCCUGUACAACAUCCUCAUUCAGGGCACGGAAUUCAGCAACCUAACAGACGCUGCCGUCAGUGAGAAGUAUGACGAAUUACUCGAGCUCCUCACCAAAGACAUGACAUUGGUAGCAGCGAUGAGCGCUGUGUGCCCAAGCAGCGAGGUUGACGAACUGACUGUCUCUCUGCUGACAAUCUUCGAACAUCGUGGUCUCAGCUUUGAACUGCUAGAAGUUCUCAUCAAGCAAGAGAUCGAAGAAACAGACAACGAAUCAGAGAUAUUACGGCGGACAUGCGUCGCAACCAAAAUGCUUUCCGUCUACGCUAAGUGGAAGGGACAACCGUACCUCAAGGCGACACUGCAAAAGGUCGUCGAAAGGUUGAUGUUGACUUCCAAAGACCUAGAUCUCGAGUUGGACCCCGCUCGCGUGAGUUCUACAGAUGAACUCCAGAAGAACGCCCUUCAGCUGCGUAUUGUAGCGAAGGUUUUCAUCGACGACAUUUGUGCAUCGUCCUCGACCAUGCCAGCCUCGUUCCGCAGGAUCUGCAAUAUCAUCUCUGCUGCCGUACUCCCACGGUUCCAGGAGGCCAAGUACACGGCUGUUGGGGCAUUCGUUUUCCUUCGAUUCUUCUGUCCAGCCAUUGUUGCGCCUGAAGUCGAAGGCUUAGUUACCACGACGCCGUCAAAGGAGAUGCGACGAGGGCUCCUACUCAUCGCGAAGGUCAUUCAGAACUUGGCAAACAAUGUUCUGUUUGGGGCCAAGGAGCCCUACAUGUUUCCCUUGAAUGACUUCCUUACUCAGAACAUCUACAAGGUGACAACCUUCUUACGCGAGAUUUCUGUGCCUCCAGAGAACCUCGAAACUCCUCCUACCAUCGAAUCCUUCGACUUCGGAUCUUGCGUUGCGCUACAUCGGUUUCUAUAUGACCAUUGGGAUCAUAUGCGCCAAAGACUUGUCACUCAAGAACGGAAGGACUUCGUGCGGUCGCCCGCUGAGGUGUCCCGGGGUCGGUCGCCUGUUCUCGAGCCUUUGCGCAAUCUCAUCACGAAUUUAGGCCCCCCGCCCUUGGCUGUGACUUGGAACAGACCACAAAUUUCGACAAACACUCCGCCUUCGUACUCAAGAUUUCAAAAUUUUAUGCUUCGAAACGCAUUCCGGAGUACUGAAUCCUUUAUCACUGCUAGAGCCGUCUAUGACGGAGGUGAAAGCAAGGACUCUCUUUCCAUAAUUUGCAUCAUCCUACGACACAUUGAUGCAGAGAGCAUAGACUACGAUACACUCUUGUACUGCUACCUAAAGAUCGCAAGUCGUCUGUGGCAUAAGCCCUUCGGCCUGCUCAUUGACGCCACUUGCUACAAUGGACAAAACGAACCCCAAGAUGAGCUCUUUAAGAAACUCGAACAGCUCACACCCGUGGAAUUAUCACGGAAUCUUGUCAGAGUCUAUGUCUACAACAUGAAUAGCGCCUUCAGGAAAUGCUUUCGGAGACUUCUACGGGUGUCUGCCAAGAGCGAUAGCAGUGUCUUCAAUCCGAAAAAUGUCGACUACCACUUGAUUGGUAGCCUUCAAGAUUUGCAGGCUCAUUUUCAUCUCAGCCAACUUCAUCUACCGAAAGAGACAAUCAGCGUUGUCACAGAUACCCGAUACGUGUUUCAACCCAUCACCCGACUGUCCAAGACAAAGGGUAAGAUUGAGGUUGUCAUCAAGGUUGGCAGCCAAUUUGUCCAGGUCACAACCACCAAGAAACAGGAGGUCUUCCCAGGCUAUCGGCUGAGCACGACUGUGAACGAUAUUUUCAGGUUAGGCGAAGUGGAAGAAGCUCCUACGUCAAUACAGACUGAAGAUGAUUCGGCCUUUGGUCUGCGUGCAGAUAAUGGCAAGAUUGUCAUGUACUUCACCAGCCCUAAGAAGGCCGACGUGCUCCAGACAAUACGCGGCGCAAAAGCCAAGUACGGCAAGGAUACAAGAGCGCACAAGGCCUACGAACGAUUGAUCCGUCCACAGGAUGUUCCGGGCACCUUGCUGAAUCUAGCCUUAACGAACCUGUCAAGCUCCGAUCACGUUCUCAGACUAUCGUCCUACAAUCUUCUUGGUGCUCUUUGUAAGGCCUUCAAGUUCGGCGCGGCUUCAAACUUGAUGUGCACCAAAGAUGUUUCCGUACCCAUGGACCCGUCUCAUUUCAUCAUCAAGAUUAGCAGGCAGUUGGCAACGUCCGAACCUCAACUGACCUUUGAUUUUUUGACCGAGUUCUUCGUCGGAUGGGAAACCUUUACUGACGAGCAGAAGCCGCUCAGCCUGGCAUAUAUGGCCCCAUGGCUGCCCGGCUUACGCACUGGAGUUUUGGCAAACGAAUCCGAUGCCGAGAAGGGAAAGGAAAAGAUUGCAGCAUUGUUUCGCAAACUCAUAGAUGUGGCUAUGUCAGAUCACGGGCUUACGUAUACGCUUGAGCAAGCUGUCUGGCCCGGCAUCUACCAGGACGAAACAAUACUCGACAUUUUCCUUGAGGAGCUCAUGAGAGCAGCUCUAAGCUUUGGGUUCUCUGAGGAGCCCAUGGAAGCUCUGUCAUCGAUCGUCUCCGGUAUGGGAAGCAUCACCCUGCGUGGUAAGGUGAUUUCCCGGCUACGCAAGGCGUUGAAUCGGUCUUCCCUCAGACCUACGAAAUACUUGCCUGACAAUACAGUGUGGGCCGAGAUCUGCGUUCUACUUCAUUUCUGUUUGUCAUUGUCGUUCGAUAAUGGCGUGCAGUCUCAGCUAUAUCUACCAGAAAUCUUUCACAUCGUCACAAUCUUGGCCAACACAGGCGCUCCGGAGGUUCGCUUGCUAGUGCAUAGGCUUCUUGUCAACACUGUGCACGCAGCUUGCACUUCUUUCAACCUAGACGAAACUCGGUUUAACAAACUCAGAGGUAGUUUAGACUUCCUCAGUGAGCCCAGGAGCGAGAUAUUCUCAACACCUCCCCCAUUCCUACGCGAUGGAGCCUCCAUGUCGACUACACAGGAUGCCGGGCCUUCACUGGCCGCCACUGAGAACCUAGCGGCAGUCUUGUUUGAGGUCUGCUCGGUAGCAGCGCCAUCUAUCGACAUCUCCAAUGCCUGGAGGUCACGCUGGAUGAGUCUGGUGGCCAGCACCGCAUUCCAAAACAACCCAGCUAUUCAACCCCGCGCUUUUGCCGUCAUGGGCUGCUUGGCACGAGAGGAGGUGGAUGACGACUUGCUUUAUCAAGUGCUUGUCGCUCUACGAAAUAGCGUCGGUCGCUUAGGAGACGACACGAACAGCGACAUGCUUAUUUCCAUUGUGACCUCUCUGUCCAAGAUGAUGGCAAAGCUCCCGUCGGCAUCUCGUUAUGGUCUGCAGCUCUUCUGGCUGGCCAUCUCCCUUCUAAGACUUGUACCUCCGGCCUUGUUCAAUUGCACAGCGCAAUUCCUGGAGGCCGUCAUGACUAACAUCAGCACUGUGGGUGAUCUGAGAGGGGACAAGAUGGGCCCUCUCCUUUUACAGGGCCGUGUCCAGCUCGAGGAAGCUGCUCUGCCUCUAGAUGACGCAUACGGCAUCCAUUUCACGCCUGAGAAUUUCCAUUUCGCAGUCUGCGCUUGUCUCGCUCGUGGUCUUGCGGACACUACCACGAAGACGAAUGCCAUGCGAGUACUCUCGGCCUUCCUAGACAUGGCCGGCAAUCCUGUCGGUGACGCUGGGAGCCCGCCUGACGACUUAUCUCGGUCGCCUUACAUGGCUCUUAUCCUCGCACGAACGGUCGAGAGCGAUGAGCUCAGGGACAAUCUAUGGCUUGCGGGUAUUGAUCCUUCCCUUUUACGAGAUGUCACUGGCCAGCAGAGAUACGAUGAUCUCGGCGGCAUGAAGGAUAAAGAUCUCCUCCUGAACACGGCCAUCGAGUUGAUUGACUUUCAGUACUUGGAGGAUGCACUGCAGAACCGGACAUUGCAGUGGCUGACGGAACUAGCAGCAGCUAGGCCGUCUGUGAUUAUGCACCUCUGUGGGCCUAUUGUUUCUAUCCUGGACGAUGUGCUUCUGCAUUGCCAGAAUUCGUCGACUUUGGAGUCUGCGCAAGACUUGCUACAUGCACUCACGUCAAAUCCAAAGUUCAGCACAGCGCUAGAGUCCACAGCCGUUUUGAAUGAGAUUCUUGAGGAUAUGGGUUUCAGCGGGUUGUGGCGUUCAUGUUCGUUCAACUUCAGCCAGGACCAGGAUAGGAAAUGUUUCCUUCUGACCGAGAAGCUGAUCGAAGUAAGUCACUACGAAUGA